AUGCUGGCACAAAAUCACAAAAUUAUGGCUCAUGAGUCAAGUAACGAACAAGACGCUGAAUAUGAUGAUCCAAUUCCUCUUAGUGAAUUGCGACGCAAUCUGCUUUCUUUAGAUGAAGACACGAUCAAUGUUCUAGCAGAGCAAUUUCUUAAGAACUUAGAAAUCCGUAAUUGGCUUGAAAAUGACGAAGACUUGUUACCGCUGGAAGAUAUAAAUGCUACAGACGAACAGCAAGAUAGUGACAAUGAAAAUCCAGAAUUAAAUAAAUCAAACAAAACUGUUAAGAAUGACGAAGCAGUAAAAAGUUUGAAUUUGUGCAUAAAUUAA